ACUCUUUUCAAUUUUAUCACGUACGUGGCUUUAGUUUGAAUAACCCUUAAACCCUAAAUUGUUGUAAACCCCAGACCCUGCCAUCAAUCCCAAUUCCCAUCCCUUCCUUCCUCGCUCAAGCACUCGUCAAUGGCUCGCCUUAUCCGACCUUUGAGAAAAACCCUUUAUUCUAUAUCACCAUCUUCUUCUGGUUCCUCUUCCAAAACUCUGGCUUUGUUGCAACUUCACCAGCAACCACAUAUCUCCCUCUUAAAUACCCAUCUCUCUCCACAAUCUCCAAGAACAUACAUUUCGGAAAUGCGCAAAUCGGCCUUCGAUGGCAACCUUCUUAGGCUCCUCCGUAAUGAGAUACAGUACGAAGUGGAGGCCUCACCUCCUGACCAGCCAGUUACAAAAUUUGAUUCAUUUACAAUUGAUAACCGACCUGGAGAGCAAUGGGUUAGCUUGAAAAGAAAAUUGGAAGAUGAAGAUAUAAAAAUCGAAGCUACCAUGUUUGAUGGGGUUGUUACUUCUUCAAAAUCGGGUGCGCCUGUUGUUGGAAAAGAUGAUGUGGAGUUUCACAUUAGCAUGAUUGUUAACAUCUCCAAAGAGGGAAGUGGUCAUAUGGUGGAGAUCAUGUGCUCGGCUUGGACAGAAGAAAUUGAGAUUGGCAGUGUUUCGAUUCGGAAACAAGAAAAUGUGCCUGCUAAGCCUUAUCCUGGCCCUGUAUUUAAGGAGUUGGAUGAUGAACUGCAGAACUCACUGUAUGAUUUUUUGGAAGCGAGAGGCAUAAAUGAUCAACUCGCUGUGUUCUUGCACAAGUACAUGAAGAACAAAGAUAAAACUGAGUUUAUUAAAUGGAUGGAAACUGUAAAAUCUUUUGUUGAAAAGAAUUAAAGAUUGGUUGGCCCAGUUAAAUUUUGAAUUUUGAAUAAGGUUGUAUAUACUUUAUUUGCAUUGGCUAGUGAAAAUUGAACCGAAGUCUGCACA